CGUUCUUGUUCUUACCGCUCUUACCGCUCUUACCGUUCUUUUCAUGAUACAGAGUCGUCUUAAAGUUCUGGCUAGCUCUCACUUCUCUCGACGCGUUCAAUGGCAACGAUCCCUUUCCCCUGCACGGCCCGUAGGAGCUCGCUACUAUGCCAUCAACCCGUUUAACUGGGUUCCCAACAAAGUAAAGGAAAAAUUUGGUAUGAAAAUGAGAGAUGCGGAAAGCGAAGAAGAGGUUACAGCAGCCAAGAAAGAAGCUGAAGAGCGAGGGGAAAGCAGUAUAUUCGAGACCGUCACUGUCACCGAACCGGAAGGUCGAGAGCCCUCGUCGCCAACCUCUCCAGACAUGACCAAGCCUCUCGAUGCCUCUCACAAACAGGAUUCCGCCGUAGAAAUAGAGCGCAAGGGCGAUUCGCACAAAUACUCAACAGCUGUCUUCAAAAUCUCACAUCGCAAGCUGAAUAUGAUUGGUCGGCAGAUUUCAGGAAAGCCCGUUGGCCAUGCGAUCCUUCAAAUGGAGUUUAGUGAAAAGCGCGCCAGUACACGUAUCAUGAACAUGCUUGCCACAGCUAGAGAUCAUGCCGUCCGGUACAAAGGUCUUGAUGGACAGAGACUUGUAGUCGCUGAAUCCUGGGUAUCAAAGGGUAAGCACAACCGAAAGAGGCUGGAACCGAAGGGAAGAGGACAUGUGGGUGUCCAAACACAUCCUCAGGCCAAGCUAUCUGUUGUAUUGAAAGAAGGAAGGACAUUACAAGAACAAAAGGCCAAGGAGAAGGCAUUCAAACUGAAGAGAGUCGUGUCUGCGGCGGUGACGAGAGAGGAUAAGCCAAUACGGAAUCCUGGAGCUAUGUGGGCGUGGUAGCAUAUAUCUGUCUAGCGUAGGAAACGUUUAUUUAUUCGAAGUGAAAAUCAG